AUAUAUACCUAUCUUUUUUCAUUCUCCUAAAUUUGCCCUAAAACAUUUUCAUCAGCCGCAACGCAACACCAUGUUUUCUCAUCUCAUCUCUACCAAACACUCUUCUUCACUUUCUCUACUAAACACAAACGCCUCUAGGUUUUCUCUUCUAUUCAAUUGACUUUCAUUCUUCUUACGUGGCGGCGGCUCAAUCACCUAAAUUCAUGGGAUCUGAGGGUCUUGGUAGACCCUCACACUCUAAUUCAAUUCACUUCUCUAACUCCUCUUCUCUAAUCCAAAAUGAUGUUGCAAAUAUGAAAACGUCUGCCGAGUUUUCCUCCUGCAAUGAAUUUCUUAAGACUCAACCAUUUAAGAGUUCCAAUCAGUUCCCUCAUCUCAAGGGUGAAGAUUUGUCAAAAAAUAAGCUCAGCGGUGAUGGAAAAAGUUGUGCUCUAAUUACUUCCACAAUGGAAGGUGUAUCAUUACAACGAAAAUCAGCAAAAUCUAACAGGACUAACACUUCAUGUUCAAAAAGGCCGCGGAUGCCCCAAUUAGAUGAUUAUACGAACCCUAAUGGAACUGAAGAGUUAAAGGAUAGUUUCGACAGGCUUGGAUCACAUAAUCUGAAGUGUUCUUCUCCAGAGAAAGGUCAAUUACCAAAGCAGAAGGUAAAUAAUAGCAAACGUGGUGAUAAGAAGAACUUUAAAGUCCCUUCUUCAAAGGCUAAAUUUGAGUCAUCCUCUAUGAAAAUGGCUACGACAAACUUCAAUUCUGCCAGUGGAGGGAACACCUUUUUUGGUUUUUAUGGUCUGAAACAUGAUUUUCAUGAUGUCACAAUGCUCAUGGAUGAGCCCCCGUUAGAUGAGCUCCUUAAGGGCACGUUUGACUCCCCUGCUAGAAGCAAAGAUAAAGGAAAGAAAGUAUCGAAUAACAAUGAAAGUUUUCUGAGUUCAGUUAGAAAGGCUUGCUCAAUCAUUCAGUUCCCCAAACCUGUUCAGUCUCAAAAUAUGGAGAUGGAUUACUCCUCCAACAAGAAAAUGUCCAUUAGCCAAUUUAGUCCAGUUUGUGCAUUAGAAAACGUUGCUAAUGAGGAUAAAGAACAGUCUAGCUCAACAGAUACGUCUUCAUGUCAGAAGGAUCCUUGUAGCGAAACAGAAUGUACUGCUAGUCCGCUUGACUUUCCAUUAUGUCAACCUACGGAUGUAUUAGACCGGAUCACACUACAUCCCUUCCGAGAUUUUGAGUCUUUGCUGAUUGAUGUCUCCAAACUUGCGAUUAGUACAAAGAAUAGUAAUGAUCUACGUUCAGGCAAGCAGGUAUCUCGUCGACCAAGCUUGCCAUCCUUCCCAUGGUCACAUGCUUUUGGCGGCAAUUGUAGAACUAGUUCUGACACGCCUAGGUUAUCAACAAGUAGAAGCACGUGCCAAGGUAAAUGGGCAAGGAUAGGUCUCAUUGCCAGUUCCACAGAUAUUGACCGCAGUUCGUUCACAAACUUCGAUUCAUUUAGUUAUGAUCAGAGCCUUGUUCCCUCAUCUGGAAAUUCAGAAAACAAAGCUUUUCAAUCUUUGUUAGCUAAUCUUCCUUUCCGUCGGUUGGAUUCUUCGUCUCCUGUAACAUGUUCUAAAGAUUUUCAGGUUAAUAAAGAAUUUGGAGGCCAGGCUGAUACUCAAGAAAAUGGUAUGAUGUUAUUGGAUGACCGUAGCCCAACAGUAUUAGCUGCUGCACAAACUCUCUGUGAAAUUAAAACUCAUCCACUUCGGCAGAGCUCAGAUGGAAUUUUAAGAUGGCAAAGGAAACCUUUACACAAGGCCAUGAAAACUUGCUAUUUUAAAUCGAAUGAGAAACUUGAAGACGCACCUUCAACGUCAGUUUCACUGGUCGGAUCGAAUAUGGUGGCUAGGAGUGUGGAGCAGAUAACGACCUCAAAGAAGCCAAGGCUGUCCACAGUCGAGAAUAAGAAUAUCGGUCACUCCAAUAAUGUAAAGAAAGGAGCCUGUCCGUGGCCUACAUCAAAAUCAGGUAGAUCAUUACCCCGUACACUAGUUAGGGACUCUGUUGUAGAAAACAAACGUACAAAUGUGAGCAUCACCAAGCAGCAACAUUGUACGAUGAUGCCCCCACCUUCAAGGGAUUUGGAUAAGGCUUAUGAUGGCCAACAUCAUGUUGGAAAAUUAGUAUUGAUGGAUUGGAAAAGGGGAAGGGACAAGUCAGAUUGAUCAACCAUUAUUGACUGUAGACUCAUUAGCAGCUAGGAGCUGUUGUGUGAUUAGCAAAUGUUUAGUAUAUUGAAAAGGCUGCUCUUUGUAUAUAUUUAUUGUUAUGUUGUGACCGCAAUGAAUUUGUUGCCAAUGUCUUGUCCAAGGGCAAACAUGAUUCAAAUGUUGUAACAUUAAAAGAUAAAGCACAGGUGUAUAAAACAGCAUAAUUCAUUGCUUAUUCUGUGAUUUUGUGGGCGCGUGUGUUAUGAACUGUAUCUGCUAUUGCCAGCUUAUAGGAAUAAGGCACAACGAUAGAAUACAUUUUUAGUGCAA